AUGGAGAAGUUGCGUUCUUCUUUGUCGAAAACCUUAAAGUCACUUGGUGACUCAUUUUCGGAGGACGCAACUGUGAUGGACGAUAUGUCCGACUACAUUGUAUCUCCGCACGACGGCUCACUUACUCUAGAUUACGAAGCUAACGUCUCUGGCGUUAUGAAGUGCGCAAUGCAAGACAUAGGAGAUGCAAGCGCACUCUUACCCAAGUUCGUCCCAGUACUCCGACUAAAGUGCAGUAUUUUGCCUCCUGAAAGUGUUGGACACGAUUAUGAGACCACCGUUGAUCCCGAGUAUGCGUCGAUAUUCAUUGAGGACGAUUUCAAUGCCAUCGAUUAUGAAAUGAAAAAACUCUUCGGAAUUGAACUACGUCUUGAAGAUGUCGACCGAGAGCGAUUGCGGCUAAAAUCGCAAUUGCAAGUUGUAUCGAAGAAGAUUUCCACUCUGAUCAUGGAGAAGUCGCCUUCAUAUAAUGGCCAAAUAGAAGAUAUGGAUUGCAUUAGAGACAGUCUGAAAGAGUUAGUGUGCAACAUCCGUGUCAUCAGAAGAGCUCUUGCUGGUGCGCAGUCAAAGAGCCGGACGGCGCUGUCAAUCCUCGCGAAUGAGAAAAAGAAACGGAUGUUGAAGACUUUGCACUCAACAUUACGAAUCAUCAAAACUCUCUACGAGACAGAGUUUCAUCUCAGAGAUUGCAUUGAGGACGGUAACUUUCCCGUAGCCAUAAGGGUGUGCUUGGAAGCUAAAGAAGCAGCAAACACCUAUCGACACUUCAGUUGUGUAAGUGAUCUGAUGACCAAACUGGUUGGUUCUACGAACCUGAUCGAAAGUGCUCUCGAUUCGGCGUUAGCCGCAUUUACCAUAGUAUUCGAUCAUGACCGAUAUGCGUCAGUCUAUUCGGCUUUUACAAUGCUCAAUAAAGUAGAGCCUGCAUCCAAGAAGCUCAUCCUUCACUUUAUCUCGACUAUAAAGAAAUCAUCGCAGAAAGUUAUUGAGGAAAGGUGUAAAGCUUGUCAAACGGUUGCUGAUACAACUGAGAUUCCUUAUGAGGAUUUGUGUCAGCGUGUAAAUUGCGAAGAAAUUGUGUCAACUGUCCGAGAACUUGGAUACGUCAUGUGUAAAAUCCUUACCAUCUUUCAUACAAUCCUUCGGUUUCACACUGAUGAUGACGAGCGAAAGCGAAUGAGCAACGCUGACGAUCCUUAUCUCGGGAUCAUGGUUAACCAGCUGACGACGUCUAUGCACGCAGUUUUUCGCGUAGCGCUGUCCAGGAUGCAUUCCCUCUUGUGCAGUCAGGAAUUCUCCUUACUGAAAUUCGAUCAGUUGUUGGAUAUUGUUGAUAUGGCGAAUAAAUUUCGUCGCUUCGGUCGUUCCUUCUUUGGGUACCCUUCUGAUGAAUUGUCGGUAUCCUUAGAACAACAAGCCGUCAUCUACUUUAUUCGAUACCAUUCGGAACGAAUGGAAGAGUUGCGAAUGUUUUUGGAGAAUGAGUGCUUCACAAUAUGUCCAGUGCCUCAUCAGUUCACUAUAUUUGAUUUGCAAGACUUCACCUUCCUGGAAGAGUGUCGGAAACGAAAGGAUAACGCUGAAACGCCGACGAAUAACUCGAAUGGAGAACAGCAUGGAUUUUCGAUAAUACCUCCUGAUUUCGUCAACCCGUUCGGUAGUUCAGAAAUAGAGUCCCAGAAACAGUCCGCACACACGUCGAGAUCGGUGGAAGAACCUGAUGAAUCACAUGAGGAGAAGAACGAAUCUGUAGCGAAUGAGGAAGUGCUGGAUCACACGCCCAAUAUCUGCAAUACCGCGCUCAAUUUGCUUCGCUUUUUUGGGCGUUAUAUCCGUAUGACGUUCCUGCUGCCAUCUAUUGCAGAAUACUCGGUUCCUGCGUUAACACAACAAUUUGAAUAUUUUUUCUAUUCGAUUUGUUUAUUCUUUGGUGCUGAUGGAUCAGAUACGAUGGAACCGCUGGUCAGGAUUGAGGCUGUACUCUCGGACAUCUCGGACCGGCUUAUAAUAGACGAGUCUCGGCUGCUUGGCCGGAGGGUGUUGUCCGUUGUUCCUGAGACCCGACGCCUAGUUUACGACUGCGUCGCCAGCCGAGCGCUCAAGUAUCCUGUUCUCAUCGCCGCUGUUUCAAAUACAAAGUGGGAUGUGAACGAGUUACAGAGUCGGCAUAGCAAUUAUGUAGACUUUAUGAUCAAAGAUUUCGAAGGAUUUGCUCUGCGAUUGGAACGCGCCACUGAAAACAUACAUCUGAAUGAAGCAGGCCGUGCAUUGUUGUGGGACAGAACUAUAUAUUACGCUUUCAAAGCCUUGGUUCAAGGAUAUUGUGAAGGUGGCAAGUGCUCAACGGAAGGUCGCGCAUUGAUGCAACUCGAUUUUCAACAUUUAUUACUGAAGCUGAGCAAUCUGCGGUGCGGUCGCCCAGUUCCGCAUACCGCAUUUGUUGAAGGAUACAUAAAGGCAUUCUAUUUGCCAGAAAACGGACUCGAAGAAUGGAUCAGCAAGCACACUGAGUACACAGCCAAAACAGAUGAUCUCACUUCUCAGCGUUGCCACACAUGUGUCGAAGAAGGCAAGAACGAGGAUAAUAAAUGCUCUCAAUGA